CGCAUUGCCAUUCCGUCCUCUUCUGUGGUUCUGUCCGAAAGGUCACCACUAAAGACUGAAAAAAAACAAGUCAUCAUGGCAGCACUCACCGGAGCACUUGCCGUACUCUUGACCCUGCACGUGUGCACUGCAGAGGAGACUCCAUUCAGCGUGUCAAUCGGACCUUGCCCUGGCAUUCCCCAAGUGGAUUUCACGGAGCGCAUAAGCACCUAUCUGAGGCGAAUUCCCAACAACCUAACUCUCCCACACUUCUACGAGCGCAACGAAGCAAUGGGAUUGCAGCUCGGCAACCCUACCCUUACGGGCCUUGGAGACCUGUGGACUUACAAGCCUUACACCAGCGCCUGCUUUGCCCAGACUACCACGUACGUCGAGGUUGUCGCCUUCGCUCGCGUGCCGCUCGUUACUACCGUGAACUGGAGGGACAGCAGCGGAGGAUCAGGGCAUAUGGGUGUAAAGGUGUCCAGCAGCCAACUUCGUCUCGUCUUCAAGGUGGCUCCAACGAGUGACGACCCUGUUAAACUGGAGCUAUCAAGAAUCUACCCUGUGAGCCUCGAAGACGCCGAAAUGUUUACUUCAGGCGCCCCGAUGUGGUUCAGCAGGAUGGUGCACUACUCCAGCGUCAUUAUGAAGCAUCAAAUCGAGCAGUUCUGGAGUUACCUCCUUCGCAGGGAUGCACAGUUUCUUAUCAGAGGUCAGCGUGCCCGGGCGUAAGAACGCUUCUAAUCCGCUGCCAUGUAUGAAUAAACUCAUGUAAAACUGG